GUCUGGGCGAGUUCCGCUUCCGGCCCAGCGGCCCGCGCUCGCCCCAAUGGCGGCAGCCCCGGCUCGGCGGGUGGAGCUGGGCUUCGCGGAGCCGGCGCCGGCGUGGCGACUGCGCAGCGAGCAGUUCCCCAGCAAGGUGGGCGGGCGCCCGGCGUGGCUGGGCGAGGCCGCGCUGCCCGGGCCUGCGGCGCUGGGCUGCGCGCGCUGCGGCCGGCCGCUCGCCUUCCUGCUGCAGGUGUACGCGCCGCUGCCGGGCCGCGCCGACGCCUUCCACCGCUGCCUCUUCCUCUUCUGCUGCCGCGAGCCGCCUUGUUGCGCCGGCCUACGAGUUUUUAGGAAUCAGCUACCCAGGAAAAAUGAGUUUUACUCCUAUGAGCCACCAUCUGAGAACCCUUCCCCAGAAACAGAAUCUGUGUGUCUCCAACUUAGGUCGGGCGCUCAUCUCUGCAGGGUUUGUGGCUGUUUAGGCCCUAAAACGUGUUCCAGAUGCCACCAAGCACACUAUUGCAGUAAGGAGCAUCAGACGCUAGACUGGAGGUUGGGGCACAAGCAGGCUUGUACCCAAGAUCAUUUGGACCAUACAGUUCCAGACCACAACUUCCUUUUUCCUGAAUUCGAAAUUGUCAUAGAAACAGAGGAGGAGAUUGUGCCUGAAGUUGUGGAAAAGGAAGAAGACUUUGAGAUCACAGGAAGCAUGGAUGAAGCUCUUGAGGAAGAACUGGAUUCCAUGGCAAAGCAUGAAUCCAGGGAAGAUAACAUUUUCCAGAAGUUCAAAGCUCAGAUAGCCCUUGAACCAGAGCAGAUUCUCAGAUACGGCAGGGGUACUGAGCCCAUCUGGAUUUCUGGUGAAAACAUCCCUCAAGAGGAGGAUAUUCCCAACUGUCCCUGUGGUGCCAAGAGAAUAUUUGAAUUCCAGGUCAUGCCACAGCUCCUGAACCACCUCAAGGCAGACAGACUGGGCAAGAGUGUUGACUGGGGUAUCCUGGCUGUCUUCACCUGCGCCGAGAACUGUAGCUUGGGCACUGGCUACACAGAGGAAUUUGUAUGGAAGCAGGAUGUAACAGAUACACCUUAAAGACAUCUUCAAGCCCUAAAAAAGGUUACCAACAUCUUACGGCCUUGCAAUUCCAUCUCUGAUUUUAUCCCUAAGAAAGUAACUGUACCAGAGAUGGAGGAACAAAGAUGUGGCUUGGGGCCUUGUUUAGUGUUAAAUAUUUCUAAAACAGUGUCCAGUAAUGGAAUUACGUGAAUUUGGGUACAUCCAAGUGAAAGGUUAUUAAUGAUACACACUUAACACGGAUACCAAAUGAGCGGGAGGUCUAAAUUAAUACCAAGAGACCAUUAUAUCAUGGUGUUUUUGUAAAAAUAUUUAUACAUGUAUAUGUACAAAAAUAUAAAUUUGAAUAUAAAUAUAAAGCUGCACACCAACUAUGAACUGGUUUAUCUAUGAACAGUGGGACUAAGUGAAAUAGUCUUUUUACUGUGUACUAUUCUUGUAUAAUAAAAUGGGUUUUGUGCCUUUUUAA